AUGCCACUACAUCGCGGCUACUUCGGCCUUCAGUGCUUCUGGGGCGAAUCUGCGUGGGCAAAAGGUAAUUUUAAUUUUUUUUUUUUUUGUAUGUGUGGCUUAUAUACCAUUUUUUCCAUAAAAAUUUUCAAAUCUGUAUCAUAGCAGUUUUCGUUGAAAGAUUUCUGUUUGAAUUAUGCUUGAAAUUAUUCUUUCCAGGAUCCAUUGUUAAAAUAAACUUCAAUUUUCAGUUGAAAGGCGUCAGAAUAACUCGUGUCGGAUACGCCGGCGGCACGACCAACGAGCCGACUUAUAAGAAAAUUGGCGACCACACUGGUUUUUGAAUAAAUUUCUUUACGUUCAAGCAAAAACGUUUAUUUGCAGAAAUCACCGAAGUUCAGUACGAUCCCAAAUUGAUCAGCUACAGGCAACUUCUCGAGUUCUUCUGGUCCCAUCACAACCCGUUGGAACGUCGCACCAAGGUCUUUCUUAAUUCACUGUCUGGCUUGACAUUUUAUUCGAAGAUCCUAGAUUAACGAUCUUUCUCGAUUUUUCCUGAAAAUGAAAGAUUUAUGUGAUCACCAUUCAGCAAUACCAAUCGGCCAUCAUUUAUGAGAACAUGGACCAAAAAGCCGAGGCGAUGAAGUCCCUGGAUGAGGCGAAGGCAAGUAAAAUCAUCACUUCUUAUCUUUUCAACACUUGUUUCAGAAAAAGUUCGGCAACGUGGAAACUUACAUCGUGCCCCUGGACAUUUUCUAUCAAGCCGAGGAUUAUCAUCAAAAGUACUGGCUGAGAAAUAAAAAGGUCCUUUUUUCGAAUAGAUCUUAUAACUUUGGACCUUUCAGGAAAUUCUCGAUCAGCUCAGCGUAACUGAUGGCGACAUUGCUCAAGGCGUUCUCUGUACCAAGGUUGGUAGAAAUAUUUGAAUGGAAAAAAGAUUAGUAGGAAUGUUAUAUGGUUUUUCUGAAAAUAAUUUAUUACUUAUGUCAACCUUUUUAAUUUGACCUGAAAUCGAAAUGUGUCAAGUGCAAAAAUAGUUUUCAUUGAGAUUGAAAGCAUUUUCUGGCGAAAAUAGAAAAAAAUUCAAAAAAAGUGAAUCUUUUUAAUUAAAUUAAUUUUUUUAAUUUAAAAAAAUGAUCAGAAUUGUGAUAGAAACCUACUUCGAAAUAGGUCAAACUAGAAGAAAUGCGUACCUUGAAACCGUCAACACCUUAAUAAAGCCCAAAAAACUUUUUAAGAAUUGAAAACUUGAAAAAAUAGGCGUCAUAAAAAAGCGACCGAACCGACCGGCUUUUUCAGCAUGUCAAUACUUUUCAUUCAAAAUCUGCCUUUUAUCAAUAUAAUAUCACAGAAACUCGAGACGUUUAUUUCCAAAAUUUGACAUUUAAAAAAAGCUCGUUUGUUGAUAUCAAUGAAAAGUAAAUUGGAGAGAUGAAAGGUUCUUUCAACGUGUUGCGAAAAAUGAGCCGACAUAAAAUUCUUUUUUAUUAUAUUUCCAGUAGAACGGAUUUGAGCUCGUGCCAAAAAAAUAAAUUGAAAAACGAGAAAAAAAGAUGAAAUUUUUCGCUUUUUUUGGCAGAUCACUUUCAAUCGAUAAUUCCAAAGCUUAUUUCAAACAGGCCUACCCAACAGUUUAUCCUUCUUCAAUAUUGGAAAUCAUAAUUUAUUCAAAGCAUAUUGAUUUAUUUUGUUUUUUCAAUAGCUGAACGCCUACGCGGCCGGCUACACAGACUUCGAGGAGCUGGAGUUGCUCGCCAAGGACUACGAGCUGAGCCCCUCGCUGGUGCAGACCAUCAAGGAGUACGCUCUUUCUGGCGGCGACCCGCGUAACUGCCAUUAA